AUGGGCCAUUUGGGUCAUUUCUGGUUGCGAGGUGGGAACAAGCUGGCAACAAACUGCACCAUCAGCUACCACCAGAUGGACUGCCCAGAGGACUGCGUGCGCCUUGAAGUUCACGCGGAUAUGCAAGCGCCUCGAGCUUUCAAGUAUGGCUGGGAAAUCCUGAAAUUAGAUGAAUUAAAUGGAGGUUUGCAAUGCAGGUACUGGGACUCACGCAAGUGCUUCAAUGGCAUGGAGUGCCCAUUCGCACACUCGGAGAGCGAGCUGCGUGAACAGCCAAGCCUUCAAGCAACAGGCCUCUGCUACGAGUUCGCGAGAGGACACUGUCGCAAAGGCGGAGCCUGCAAUUUUGCCCAUGGGAAGCAUGAGCUCAGGUCCUUGCCGGCCCCAACCCAGAAGAUGGUGCCGGCGAAAGGCGGAGCCUGCAAUUUCGCUCAUGGGAAACAUGAGUUCAGGUCUGUGUCGGCGGCAUCGGUGGCAUCGGCAUACGACCAGAUUCCACAAAACACGGGGCUAGACCCACGGAUGAUGCAAGGCAUGGUGAAGCAACUUCAUGAGUUGGAGAAGAUGGUGGCCAAUAUGAUCCUCGAACUGCAAAUGGCAGGUCCUGGCCAUGGUCUUCAGCCAGCUCCCAAUCCUGGUGACCACCCCGAGGAUUCGGAGUAUGGAUUGUGUUCCAAGUGCUAUGUCACAGGCGCAACCUGGCACAACCUCGAAGCUCGAACUGAUGAAAAGUUGAAACAUACCCUUUUGGGCAUCAUCAUCCUGCUGCUCGUCACAGCAGUGGUGUACUGCUGCAGAGGUUCCAGGAGUCCAAACGACAAAGAGAACCGUGCGAAUCUGUACAUGGCUCUCAAGCAUCGACAUCUUAGCAAGGUGCAGAAUUGGGAUCUUCAGAGCAACAAAAAGCCCAGGGUCUGGUACCCUUUGAUGGUGGAUCUGGCCAAAAACAACAUCCUGGGCGUGGGCUUUGCACUCUUCUAUCGAAGUGUCUUCUUUGUGCUUCUCGUUUCCGUGAUUGCCGCGAUAUUGGAAUGGAACACACCAGAUAGUUCCCAUUUGGUGCAAAGUGCCCAGGGAACCACUGACCAUUUGCUCAACGCGCUGAUGAUGACCGAAGUGCCAAAGAGUACCCUUCCUGCAGUCCUGCUCUCACCACUGGAGAAGUGCCCCAAGAGCUCUCCAUUGGACAAAGAAGAGCCGCUGAAGCAAUACGCCUACGCGCGUGCCUGGACGCUGCUGAUGUUGUAUGGUGCCGUGUUCCUCGCCUCCGCUUGGUUCGUGAGAGCACAAAAGAGCUGGACGCAGAAGUUCGAUCGGAAGAACAACACCAUGUGUGAUUUCGCCCUGCUCCUAACAGGCUUUCCAGCUGAUGCGACCAACGAGGUUGAAAUGAAGAAAUGGGCACAAGAACAGCUCAAAAAGAGUGGCUUGGAUGUUCAGGUGGAAGGUGUUAGUAUUGGCUACAGCUAUGGCGGCAAGGCCGACGAAGUGGAUGAGAUGACAGCCACGUACUGUAGCCAUUUGGAAUUGACGAUGAGAAAAGAUGCGAAUUUGUCCAACCCCGAUGCGGAGGAGGAGAGAAUUCGACUGGGAAAACAGAUGGAAAAAGAUGGCGAAAAGGUUAGAAGUUGGUUCGACAAGAAGGAAGUGACAUGUUCAGGCCAAAUAUUUCUGUGCUUUCAGCUCAAUACUGACAAGGACAAAGUCAUGGAGAAGUACGAGAGCUCCACAUCUUCCUUGUUUUCCUACAAGGCUAAGGAAAUCGAGGUGGAUGUGGUGCGAUCGGAACCGUCCGAUGUGUUUUGGCAAAACCUCCAUACCACAGAGGAAGAGAUUCGACAUAACGAGAGGAAAAGUCUCGCAGAGGUGGCCAUGUGGUUCGUUGGAAUCAACUUGUUGGUCUUGGUGUGGAACACGACCGUUGUAAUGCCUUACUUGUCAGCUGGGAGCAAUGCUGGUGGACCCAUCACGAUCAUACAAGGCAUCAUCAUGACCAUCAUCAACGGGCAGUUGGGAGGUAAGGUCUAUGGUGGUGCCUACGGUGCUGGAUACCACCGGAAGGACAGAGCAGACGUGUGGCUCUUCUUAGUCAAUUUUUUCAUCACUUUCUGCAACACUAUUUUCAACUUGGCGUUGAUGUGCUACUCCGUGCUGGUGAUGCAGAAGGAGAACUUCUUUCAUAGUCCGGGAUAUUUGGACGUCUUCAACAGUGCCACCCCACUUGGACAGGAGAGCGAAGUUGCAGACAAAGUGUAUUUGCUACUUGUCCCUGGUCAGCUUUUCACUGGCCCAGUGAAUUCCUUGCUCACAGGGGCCAUGCUCAACUACCUGUUGUACAACUUGUGGGCCAAGAUGAUCUACAUUUGGAAGUGCCUUCCUGAUCCUGGUCUCCAGUUCAUCAAGUUGUUGCUGCCGAAUGCACCCGAAUCACUGGACAAGUACGGAAUUAGCAAUGCUGAGAAAGCCAUGAGAGCGCCACAGAUUGGCCUUCCGUGGGAUUACAGCGCGCUGAUUCUGAAUCCAUUUCUGGUGUUCAUUAGCAUGUUCAUGAUUUCGGAGAACAGCUUUAAGCUGUGUGCUUUCUUGGCUCUGGCUUGCAUCUUUAACUAUCUGUGGUCCAAGUUCAUGCACCUUCGGGUUCAAUCAGUGAAUUUUUACUCCACGGGCAAACUGGACCGUGUGGUGUUGUUGGCCUGGGGUGGUCCCUUGUCCGUCCUGGGAUGCUGCUCCUUCGUGUGGCUGAUCCGAUCAGGUCACGUCUUGAACGGUUCUCCACUCGUGGUUCGAUGGGGUGCUGUCUUUUUCCUGUAUGUCUUCGCUUGCUUGGUCUGGGUGGUCGUGAUGCUCAUGUUGCAUCCGAACAAGCCGAAGAAGGACAACAUCGAGAGUGACACUCCUUGUACAUUCCAGGAAUGCAAGGACAAUUGGAUCUUCUCGUGGUUCAACUGCAAUCCAAUGUACGCAUUGAAAUGCUUGUACGUGAUCAAAUACAGAGAGACUGUAUGGGAUCAUCCCUGGGCGAGCGGAUCAGAACCCACUGAAGUUAGAUUUUACAGUCCGGGCAGAGAGUAUUUGCACCUCUCAGUCAAGAACUUCAAGAAAGCCAUGGAGGGGGACAUCAGCGAUGCGCUCGAAUUCGAGACCUGGUUUGAGCAAUUUAGCAGCAUUUUCUACAAGUGGGAAAAGGAUGGUGUCAACAUCAGUGACAUGUCAGAGCUGAAGCCGAUUUUAGGCUCCAGCAGCGAGCAGCCUUUGCUGAGUGUAAGAUCACCGGCAGGCAGUUGAUGGAGGCUGUGCGGGAUUAUCACGGUCCUGAAGUCAGUGGACCAGUGGUGUUCACAGCACCCAUUUGAUAUCGAACGACCCAACUGACUAAGUUGGAACAGAUUUCUAUACCAAAAGGCGACGAAUUUUUUGCGAUCUGAAUGAUGGCAUUCAGCAUCUCUGCGCCUCUGCGCCUCUGGCGAAGUCCAGACAGUCAGCGCAUGAUUUCAGGACAUGCCCCCAAGCGCCUUCGAAAAAAAGUUCACAGAAACAGUUUUCUCAAG